AUGCAGCUGCGACAAUCAGGAUACUGGGCCUCAUUUGUGUUGUCAAGCCUGACCAUCGUUCACGGUCAAGGACUGUUUGACCCGAGAGAGGCCACAAUAGCUUCUGUUCACAAUGCACUGUACUCUGGCGAAAGCUGUCGCAACAUCGUAUCUGCGUUUUUAUCACGUAUCGAAGCUUUGGAUCACGAAAAUGUCAACUCUAUAAUAUCUCUGGAUCCGGAGUCUCUUGCAAUUGCAUCACAAAAAGAUGCACUGUUCGCUUCCAAANAUGCCAUCGAAGGCCCACUGUUCUGUGUACCCGUGCUCCUGAAGGACAAUCUUGACACUGCAUCUCUGCCAACUACCAGCGGAAGCUUAGCUUUGGCUGACUCGAGGCCUUCGGUCGAUGCUGCGGUCGUCAAGGCGCUCAAAGAUGCAGGUGCCAUCAUACUGGGUAAAACUAAUCUCCAAGAACUCGCCUUGGAAGGGAUAUCCGUCUCCUCUCUUGGCGGUCAGACGGUCAAUCCCUACGAUGCCGACCGAACUCCGGGCGGAUCAUCUGGAGGUAGCGGUGCUAGUGUUGCUGCAUCAUUUGCUGUGCUCUCUCUGGGUACAGAUACGAUAAACAGUGUGCGUAGUCCGGCAAGCGCAAACAGCCUUUUCGGACUACGUCCGACCAGAGGCCUCGUAUCGAGAGCUGGUGUGGUCCCAAACUCACACACACAAGACGCUGUUGGACCCAUCGCACGAUGCGUUGAGGAUCUCGCUAUCGCUCUUUCGGCAAUUGCAAGUAAGCAGCUGGACCCUGAAGACAACAGUACUGCACUUGUACCUGAGGGUAUUCGCGGCACGGAUUACUACAGCGAUCUUGCGUCCAACUCUCUGAGUGGUAAGACGAUUGGAGUUCUCGAAACCUUCUUUGAUCGCACCUCGACCAACGAGACCGAGCCUGUGAAUAACGCAAUGGAUGCAACGAUCGUGCGACUGCAAGAAGCCGGCGCCACUGUUGUACCUAUCGAUGACCCCAAGUAUAAUGUAUAUUCUAUACUCGCCUCCUGUGAGACUCAAAUAUUCGAGUUAAGGCAAGAGAUAGACCAGUACCUUGCAAGAGCAAGCCUCAAGGGUCAACACCCUGCGAGUCUCGAAGAUCUCUAUCGCGAAGGUAGUUCCUAUCUUGUGCUGCCUCAGCAGUACGAGUUUGUCAAGGCUGUACUCAGGGGUAGUACACAAGACCUCGAGUAUGAGGUGGUCAUGAAGAACAUCCAAGAUCUAACCAUGCAUCUGCAUGAAACGUUCAAAACAAACCAUUUGGAUGCAAUCAUCUACCCACAGCAAAAGAACCUUCCCGUGAGGAUUGGAGCCGCAUCUCAACAUGGACGCAAUGGAAUACUGGCCGGAGUGACUGGGUUUCCUUCAUUGGCACUUCCCGCGGGCUUUAGUCCAGCUACCGACUCAGCCCCAGUCGGCAUCCCUGUCGGUCUCGAGCUGAUGGGAUUACCAUGGACAGAAGCCAAACUGCUACAGAUUGCACACGGGAUUCAAGCUCUGACGCAGAUCAGAAAGCCACCAGUGUGGGCUAAUCGGCACAUACCUAUUCGAGACUAUGCAGCUGUACCCAGCAUUACGCCAAAGGAUAGCAACAGCAUCCCGUCGGUCUAUGCACUUGGAGUUCUGUUGUAA